UAUAGCAAUGUAGUUUUUUUUAAUUUUAAUAUUUUUUUGUACUUAUCGUAAAUACUAUACGAAUUUAUUGUGAUAAAAAGACAAACAAGUUACUAGAUAAUUAGAUAAUAAUAAGUGCAGUUAGAAAGAAAGUUUCGUUAAAUAUUUUUUGUCAUAUGUUUAAAUAAUUUGUUUUUGUAUAUAUUUUUUGAACAUAGUAACGAAAAUGAAUUAUUUGGAUUCAUCAGACGAUGAUUCGAGUAGUGAUGAAAGUCCUGUGCCAAGUAAACGGCCACGAGCGGACACGUACGGUGCCUCAUCAACAACCUCUCACGGUUCAGUCCUUCAAGAAUCUGAUGAAGAGGCACCUGAAACACAAUAUACAGAAGGUUGUGCAAGUGAAGGUCAUAGACCCAGUAAAAUUAGACUAAGCUAUACAGAAAAUAACUUUGAAAGAGAAAAUAGAUUAAGCAGAAGUAGUUUAAGUGAAAAUUGUUCAUCACCAAAUGAACAAUAUGAUGAGUAUCGACCAGGAUUUAAGGAUAAUGAUGGAGAAGAAGGAACUGGUCGGGCAAGCUUUCAAAUGUCCAAUGAUAAUACUUUUUACAACAAACCACUUAAUAUGAAUAAAGAUGUUGAUUCAUACACAAGCGGGUAUUCUGAGAUAUCUAAGAAGUUGAUGACCAACAUGGGUCAUAAGCCUGGAAGAGGAUUAGGUAAAUUUGAACAUGGUAGGGUAGAACCGGUACAAGCUUCUACUCAAAAAGGAAGAAGAGGUUUGGGCUUAAAACCUUCUGUUGUGGGUGAUGUACCUCAAGACUUUAAGUGGUCCUCAGAUGAUACACUACCUUUGGCCACAGAGGAAGUGGUAUGGAUGCCUCAUCCUCCAGAAGAUACUCUUGAUGGUGAUGAUUUAGAGAAGUGGUUAAAAAAAGGUCCUAAAAAAUUAACCAUUGAUGAUGAGACUGACUUUGUUGAUCCCCAAAUAUUAAAAGGAAUAGUAAAUUCUAAAACAAUAUUUGAUAACUUGGAUGGAGAAGAUAUGAGAACUGCUAGAUCUCGUAGCAAUCCAUAUGAGACAAUAGGCUCUGUAAUAUUUUUAAACCGUGCAGCAGUAAAAAUGGCUAAUAUGGAUGCAAUUUUGGACUUCAUGUUUACCAGUCCCAAGAAACAGAAUGGCGAACCAGCAGUCGACAAAAGAGAUUUGUUGUAUUUUGCAGAUGUUUGUGCCGGCCCUGGAGGCUUCUCAGAAUAUGUUUUCUACAGGAAAGGCUGGAGAGCAAAAGGUUUUGGGUUUACACUAAAAAGUUCAAAAGAUUUUAAGUUAAGCGAUUUUUAUGCCGGUACUCCAGAAACUUUCAAUCCAUAUUAUGGCGUAAAUGAUGAUGGCAACAUUUUUGAUCCAGCUAAUUUGUCGUCCUUAAAAGACCAUGUUUUGAAGCACACAGAGGACAUAGGCGUUCACUUUUUAAUGGCGGAUGGAGGAUUUUCAGUCGAGGGCCAGGAGAACAUUCAGGAAAUAUUAUCGAAACAACUUUAUUUAUGUCAGUGUCUUGCUGCCUUAAUGCUUGUAAGAACUGGUGGUCAUUUUGUUGUUAAACUUUUUGAUGUUUUUACUCACUUCAGCGUUGGAAUUGUUUACAUUAUGUACAGAUGUUUCGAAGAAGUUUGUAUACAUAAACCAGUUACAUCAAGGCCAGCAAAUUCUGAGCGAUAUCUAAUUUGUAAGUGGAAAAAACUUGGAACAGAAGCCGCAGAAAAACAUCUGUUUUCUGUUAAUUCAAUGUUAUGGAACAACCGAACAGGAGAUGACGAUGUGGUCGAGUUGGUGCCCUUGUCAGUCAUUCAAGAAGACAGCGGCUUUUAUGAGUAUAUAUACAAGAGCAAUUGUAUAAUUGGCGAAAAACAAAUAAAAAAUCUUUUGAAGAUAGCUGAAUUUAGUAAAGACAAAACAUUAAUUGAUGAGAAUCAAGCUGACAUGAAAGAACAAUGUUUGAAGCUAUGGAAAUUACCAGACAAAGUACGUACAAAACCAGAGCGUCGCAGUCCCGACGACACCUUAACAAACAUCUUAAACAUAUCAAAGAGCACAAAGGGAGGCGUUCCGAGCGCAUAUUCCUUUAAAAACAGUCACCUCAAUAAACCUGCGAAGUAUUUAGAAAAACCUGCUGAUUUAAGAACAAUGUUUGCUAAUGUGUAUGAUUGGCAUUUUACUUUUUUGAGUAGUGGUAAAAACAGUCCAGACUUAAGGAUUUUUAUAGCUUGUGGAGGUAAACAAGUAUAUCAAUUAGAGGGCACAAAUUGGAGAAUUGUUGCUGACCUACAUAUUACACUGCCGGCAAAUACUCUACUUUAUGGAGAGAUCGCAAGAGAGUAUCGCGGAGAGGGAGGUAAACAGAUCCGCAGCAAGGCACUUCAUGUUAUAGACGCUAUGGUACUUGGUGGUAUUGAUAUAUCAGACAUGCCAUUGACUGAACGGGUCAAUCAAUGUAUUUUAUUCUGCAACGCGUUAGAAAAACCAGAUGAUGCUCAAGCUCUUCCUAUAAGAUGCAAAAGAUUUUUCAACCUGGAAUCGUUUUCAACGGCGAUAGCUAACCUAGAGUAUAGAGUCAUGAAAAGGAUAAAGAAGGCUUUGACUGUUGAUGUACCAAAACGAGGACAAAGAAACGAAAUGUUCUAUGAAAUAGGGAGUCUUCUGUUUAUAAAAGAAAUAAAAGAACCGUGGAUAGCACAAAUUUCAAAAAAAAGUGGAUGUAAAUACUAUUACUGCGUCGGUCCAGACAGAAAACCACGAAGUGAAUACUACAUUCCAGAUAAAGCACAACUAGAUAUGAUUAGUGCGUAUUCGGAGCGGGUUAUGUGGCCAUGGGAGUCGCCCAGUGCCAUUUUUGAAGGUCUACCAAAUGUACCACUUUCUAAAAUACAUAUAGAGGAACAUAUAGGACUUCAAAUUUAAAUUUACAACCCAGAAGCAUAAAGUUAUCAUAUAAUUUUCAUAAAAAAAUACACCAUGUUCUUGAAUUAAAAACUAAACGAAUGAAA